AUGGAGACCGUGGGACGUGUUCUCGUCUUUCUGCUGGUUUUGGUCACCUCGAGUUACGGCAUACAGAGAGCACCUCGUAUCAUCACGCUGUUAGAGACAGUGGAUGUACUGCUGGAUCACAACGCCACCUUCAUCUGCGAGGUGGAGUCCCGCCCUCCGGCUGAGAUCACCUGGACCAAGAACAACCACCAAAUCAUGUACUAUGACUCCAGGUAUCUUACAAGAGAGCACGGUCAGAUGCUGAUCAUCCCUCACGUUCGAGAGUCUGAUAAUGGAGAAUACUGCUGCGUUGCCAAUAAUGGCAUCGGAGAGCCUGCAAAGAGCUGCGGAGCUCUUCAACUGAAGAUGAAGCCACAGAUCAAACGGCAUCCGACCAACGUAACCCUUCUGAUCGAAUCCAAAGCAGUGUUGCCCUGCGUGACCCUGGGAAAUCCUAAACCUGACAUCACAUGGCUCAAAGAUGAUGAGCUCAUCAAGAUCAGUGACCGCGUCACCAUUCUUGACUACGGCGCAUUAAAAAUCCACAACAUCCAGAAGGAGGAUGCAGGACAGUACCGCUGCGUGGCCAGGAAUAGUUUUGGUCUGGCCUUCUCCAAACCUGUCACCAUAGAGGUACAGGCUCCGUCACGGAUCCUGCGGGUUCCAAAGGAGAAGAGAGUAGCGUACGGCAGCCAGGUUUCCCUGGAGUGCAACGCCACAGGAAAUCCAAUCCCGACCAUUACUUGGCUGGAAAAUGGGAAUACCAUUUCAGGUGCAUCAGUGGAGGAGACCCUGGUGGGCGAGGUGGUUUUGUCCAUCCUUAAAGUAACGGCGACCAAGCCGGCCCUGUACACCUGUCUGGCCUCCAACAGACACAACGCCGGCGCCAACACGGUCAAAGCCACUGCAAGGGUCACCAUAGAAGAAUGGAGGCUCUACAAGGGCGUGGCGGGUUACUGCAGCGCGUAUCGCGGAGACGUUUGCCGCACGGUUCUGCGCGACGACUCGCUGGUGUUCUUCAACUCUUCCCACUUGGACCCCGAGGACAUGCAGGAGUACCUGGUGCAGAGCUGGUGGGCCGAGCUGGAGGGGCUCAGCGGGCUGUGCAGCCCUGCGGUGCGCUCUCUGCUCUGCCACUCGUCUUUCCCAGACUGCAACCCCUCAGGUCUGGGACCUGCGCCUAAACCUGUCUGCAGAGAGCACUGCUUAGCGGUGAAGGAGCUGUACUGCCAUAAGGAGUGGCUGCUUCUGGAAGGCAGCGCCUCCAUCCAGCCGGGUUUCUUCAGCUCCAUCGCUGGAUCCCACACCUCCAAAUCCCUGCUGCCCAACUGUCAGGCCUUACCAAGCCUUCAGACCGACCCCGGGGCUUGUACCUACGUUCCUUUUGUGGACAUCAAGAAAGAUCAAAUCACAACAACUUGUUACAAUGGCAGAGGACAGUUCUACCAAGGCACAGUGAACGUGACCAGAUCUGAGAUUCAGUGUCAGCCAUGGGACCAGCAGAUUCCCCACCAGCACCGCCUGUCUGUAGAGGUCAUUCCAGAGUUGAGGGACUCUGAAAACUACUGCAGGAACCCGGGAGGAAUCAGCGAGAAGCCCUGGUGUUACACCACCAACCCCAACAUCCGCUGGGAGUACUGUGCCGUGCCCCUGUGUGGGGAGACGUUCACGGCAUCAGCGGUGAAGCCGGAGUCGGCGGGCCCUCGUCAGACUCCACGUCUCCCGCCCACAACCACCGUGUCGUCCCCAGCUUACUCCAUGUCCGUCAUCGUGAUCGUCCUGGCCGCGCUCGCAGCCUCGGUCUUCCUGGCCGUCGUCGUCCUCGCCUGCCGCAGACGGAGGAAGCAGUGGAGGAAUCGGAAGAGAGCGAUGGAGACCCCGACGCUGAGCGCUCUUCCGUCUGAGCUCCUGCUGGAUCGACUCCACCCCAACCCCAUGUACCAGCGCGUCCCCCUGCUGCUGAACUCAAAGCUGCUGGCCCUGGAGUAUCCCCGCAACAACAUCCAAUACGUCAGAGAUAUUGGGGAGGGAGCCUUUGGGAGAGUUUUCCAAGCCAGAGCGCCGGCCCUGCUGCCCAUGGAGUCUUUCACCAUGGUGGCGGUGAAGAUGCUGAAGGAAGAAGCCUCGGCCGACAUGCAGAACGACUUCCAGCGGGAGGCGGCGCUCAUGGCCGAGUUCGACCAUCCCAACAUCGUCCGACUGCUCGGUGUGUGUGCGGUGGGUAAACCCAUGUGCCUGAUGUUUGAGUACAUGGCCCACGGCGACCUCAACGAGUUCCUGCGUCGCAGAUCCCCGACCCAGUCGGUGCGCACCCUCAGCAGGGCCAGCCUCUCCGGGCGCAGCUUCUCCUCCGAGAUGGAGGCGGGCGCCCUCUCCUGCCUGGAGCAGCUGUCCAUUUCCAAGCAGAUCGCCGCGGGGAUGGCUUACCUGUCGGAGCGCAAGUUCGUCCACCGCGACCUCGCCACGCGCAACUGCCUGGUCGGGGAGGAGAUGGUGGUGAAGAUCGCCGACUUCGGCCUCUCCAGGAACAUCUACUCGGCCGACUACUACAAAGCCAACGAAAACGACGCCAUCCCCAUUAGGUGGAUGCCGCCGGAGUCGAUUUUCUACAACCGCUACACCACCGAAUCGGACGUGUGGGCCUACGGCGUGGUGUUGUGGGAGAUUUUCUCCCAUGGGAUGCAGCCCUAUUACGGAAUGGGUCACGAAGAGGUGAUUUACUAUGUGAGGGACGGUCACAUUCUCUCGAGCCCCGAGAACUGUCCACUGGAGCUGUACAACCUGAUGAGGCUCUGCUGGAGCACACACCCGUCAGACAGGCCCAGCUUCAGCAGCAUACACCGCAUCCUGGAGCGCAUGCACGAGAACAGACUGAGCAUGAGCGCUGAGCCAGAGGCGGAGGGCUAGCUAACCUCGACAUGUGUCCAGCCGGUGAAAUGAAGUCAGUCCCAACACUGAGACGAACACUCAGUACAAGACUCAGAUAGUUGGGUGACGUCAGUCUCUCUGCUUGUCCAGGUUGGUUUUCAGUGGAGAUCGUCUGGUACUGACCGUAUACCUGGAUUCAGAAAUUAACCUAGUCUUGCUUUCAGUUUAGAAAAUACUAACUGAGUGGAUAAAACUGUCUGACUGACCCCUGACCACUGAAACUUAAAAAACGGGAGUUGCCCUUUAACUCCAGAGAAUUUGAAUCCCAAUUGUGUGGACGUGCCUUCAUACUUUUAUCAAACAGAUGUCUGCUAAACCUUGUUCUUCAAAUGUA